AUGGAAGAGUAUGUGCAGGCACAAGUUGAUCAGUCAAAUGUAGAAUGCAGUGAGGAGGCUGCUCAGAGCUCUGCAGAUGUUCACAUAGAAAUCAUCCAAAAUAGUGAGACACAAUCAAUUUCAAAAGAAAAAUCAGAGGCAGAGUCUCCUGUGGAGUUAGUGGACCAACCUGUUUCAGACACAACUGCAGAAAAGAAGGAAGAAUAUGUCAAUACACCAGUUGACGUAGAAUAUAAUAAGGGUGCAGCUGAGGCCUCUGCAGCUGCUCCUGUUGAAGCUUCUGUUGCAAAAACCUCAUCUGAGGCAGGGACAGAGGAGAAUAAAGAGGCUGCUGAGGUCCCUGCUGCGCUCACAGUCGAACUGAAACCUGAGGUGGAACCUUCAAGUGAAACAGAGCCAACAGAUGUGACAAAUCACGAGCCUGCAGGAGUGGAAUCGACUGCAUGUCCUGCAGAAAAGUAUACAGAAGAAACUGUUGAAGCUGUUGCUGUGGUUGUGGAGGAGUCAUUGCCUGAAACUCCUGCUGUGACUAAUGCAGUAGCAGCAGCACAAGAAACUGCUAGCAAAGACAGCAGGGAACCUGUCCCUGAUUUACUGGCCAAUACUGUAUCCGAAUCGCCCACUCAACCUGCUACUGAAACUGCUGUCAAGUCUGUAGCGUCUGCAGCCCCAGCACAGCCAGCUCCAAACACCAGAGCAGAAGAAGAAAGCAAGAGUGAAGUUCAGAAUGCUGAGGACACUGCUGUCCAACCAGCACCUGAGACUCCAGCAGAGCAUGCAGCAGAGUUGAGGAUCGAGAAUGCUAUUAACCCCGCAACAGCUUCAGAUGCUGAAGCUGUUCAGGAUAAGUCAGGUGUGGGAGCUAUUGAACUGACAGAUGCAUUAGAUGUGGAGGCACCCACAGCUGAAACUGACCCUGAACCUGAGGAAGAUCCAAAACAAUCCGACUCAGAGGAGGUGAAACCAAAUCAAAAGUCUGAUGACGCUAACAACGGUGAAAUGUUUGAAAAACCUGCAGAGGAGCAACAACCUACACAAACCAUGUAUAAGACCAGGGAUGGCAAAGCAGUUUGUUCAUUCUGUGACCAAACAAUUGAUGGAACUGUCAAGCUCAGCCUCAGUGAACCUUUCUUAAGCUGCCACCCUGAAUGUCUAAAGUGCGCUGUGUGCGCUGAGGCCCUGGGAGAUUUGUUGACUUCCAUGUUCCUGCAUGACCAAGUGAUCUACUGUGGUGAAUGCUUUGCGAAAGCUCUCAAGACCUGA